UCAUGAUUCACCCGCCUCGGUUUCUCCAAGUGCUGGGAUUACAGGCGUGAGCCACCAUGCCUGGCCGUUAUUCUGCUUCUUUAAGCAAUGUUCCCCUGCUUCUCUCCAAUAUUGUGUCUCAGAACUCUCAGCCAGAUUGUGCCAGGCCUGGGGCCCUCCCCGGUGCCAGCACUAGCAGGGGAAAUCCAGCUGCAGGUCUCCAAGGUCCCAUCCUGACCUCAUUCCUUGCUGGCUCCAAACCCAGAAGUGAUGAGAAGAGGGAGGGGACCGAGGCUGUACCUUUUGGGAUAACACAGUUUGAGGCACCUUCUGCCCAGCUCUCCUAUCAGCAGCCCAUUCCAGCCUCUUCCUUAAGCUAGGUUGUUAGCACAGGCUUCCUUACCUCUCAGAAGGGGCAGUACACAUGUGCGGGUGGCUGGAGGACCAUACAGGGCUUGGCCCUGCUGUGGGCAGCACUAGGUUCUCAGUAGGACCAGUGGCAUUUCAGGACAGGCGUGGGAAAGUCAUUGGGCUGGGAUGGAUGCUGCCUUCCUCACUCUGGGCCACAGGGGUGUGGACCAGGCUGGCCUGAGGAGCAGAGGAGGAGGAGGCCUGCUUUAGGUCGCAGUCACUGCAUCACCAACGUGUUGAGUGGAACCCGAGUGUUUAUUUUGUAUAAGCUGCAUUGGAGGGAGCUGGGCUCCUGGCAUUUGUGGAGCCUGUUGCUUUCCAGGAGGAUGGUCUGGGAGAAGAGCCAGGAGCUGCUGGCCGGCAUCCAGGUCUGAGCUGGAUUACAUGGCUGGGCUUGCCCAGAGCGGUGAGCCCCACCCACUACCAGCCCAUGCCUGGAGGGACAGGGAAGAAGGUCAUGGAGGGUGGGGGUGUUCCCAGAGGAGCAGCAAGCACAUCCUGGGCCCCCAAAGCGGGGCUGCAUGAUGUGGGCCCCACCUUGUCACUUCAGGUAGAGGAGCUGGGCAGACCCUGUGCCCCCACACUAAGUUUGGGAGAAUGCACCCAGGUGAGGCCCUGUUGUGGACAGGCAGGCAGUGCUGGGAGGUGGGGGAGUGCAUGUGGAGGUGCAGGCUGAGGCCCUCCUCCUGCCGCCUUCUGCGGCACCCGCAAGCAGCUGGGCAGUUGGAAGCCCUGUGUGAGUGGCAUCCCUGGCCCUGCCUGCAUUGGCUUGGGGUCAUCAGACCACAGCUCUGGAGUCAGUCUUUGGGUCUUCACUCUGCUACCUACAUGCUCUUAUGACCCUGGGCAAGUUGCUUAACCCCCAAGAACCUUUUAAUUUCUUAUCUGAAACUGCAGAGAUAACGACCCAUCACUGGGCCUGUGGGAAGAUUGAGGAGAUCAGAUCUGCCCACACAAGGGCUGCCAUCUCAUACAGGGCUGUGGCCGUGGGCGAGGUGCAGCCUUGGCCCUGUGGAGCUAUCUCUUGUCUAUGAAGGCUUCCUCAGGGAGGACUUCAGGCCAUGGGGAUAGGAUGAACAAAGUCCUGGGCUUGUGACUGUGCGGGGCUGGUUGUGUCCAGGGGCUCGGCCUUGGGGUGCUUCUGGAUCCUGGUUGCCUCCUGCCUGGCUGCCUUGUGCCCUCUAGGCAGUCUCUCCCAUGGCGUAGGGGCCCCUGGGAAGAGGCCGAGCCCACACAGGGCUACCCCUUGCAGCUGCAUCUGUCCGAGCCACACCUGAAGUGUGAGGGGACUAUAGUUGGGGGUUGGUCUGGGACCAGGGCUGAUGCUGACCUUAGGCUUAAGUUUGGGGGCAGACGCAGAAUGUCUGGAGCUCUCUCUGACCCUGGUCAGAUGUACUUAGACCUCUGGGGUGUGGAAGUUCCUUUGUAGCCCUGCCCUGCCCAGCAUGGCUUCACAGUCUGGCAUGCUUGUCCCUCCCACCUGGCAGUGGAGCUCCGGUGGGCUGUGGGUGGCCUUGCUCAUUCAACAGUCUUGGCAUCAGCUGGAGGGGUCCCAUUUUACUGUUAAUUUGUUCAGGCUGGGAGGUGGUUAAGGUGCAGCUCCUUGGAGGUGGACUGGGAGGAGCUUCUCCUCAGUCCUCCAGCAUAGCCCCAGGCCUCCUGCAGGAAGCACCUUUCUGGGGAAGUAAGGCAUGACUUCUGGGGAGGAAGGUGGAUGAGAAGGGGAUCCUAGGAGGGCUGGGUGGGGAGGCCUGCUUGGGGCAGCCCCCUUUCCUGGUCUUCACCCCCCUCCCUAGGCCUCCCUGCUGGCUGGGUGUAAGCCAGAAGAAGUUUCAGCCCGGGUGCCUGUGGUGGCCUCCAGUAGGGCACGUUCUGCCUGUAGGAGCCAGACAUUGAAGGUAGAGUGUCAUGUGGCUGAGACCACACCCUGAUUUUGACCCCCACCUGUGGGCCUGGAGGCAGGCAUGAGAUGUGUUUCUGUCUCCUGGUGGGAGGGCCACCAGCCUGGCCUCCAGAAGGAGCCAUGUGGAGGCCCAGUACUGGGAGCAGUUCUGAGUGCCUGGCCUCUUGGAGGCCAAGUCUCUGGGCAAGGUGGGUGUCAGAAUGGGGGCUGGAGUUCUCUGUUUUCUGCCUCAGCAGGGAUCACUUUGAUCUGAAAACCUCCUCUCUCCUGGCCUUUGAAAGAUACCGACCAGAGCAUACUCUCCUGCCCUUUGCUGGGUGCUUAGAAAGGCCUUGAGGUGACCCUGUUUCAGUCUCCCCAUGGGCCCCUGCAGCCACAUGGACUGACCAGAGGCUCCGCAUUUGGGCAGGUGUGGUCUGACCUCACUUAGGAUCGUGGGCUAGUGGGUCCCCCAAUGAAGGGGGCUGCUCCAAGUGUCAGGAGGCAGUAAGGGGUGCACAGAGCCCUGGCCUCUGCCGUCCCCAUUGGCUAUUUGGCCAAUCUGCAUUCAGGGAGUGAGUAGAGGGAUCUAGGGUGCAUGGGGAGGUGCAUGCAGGGUGGUUUUGGCCUGGGACUUUGACUGCCCUCCGGAGAUGCACUGUGAGGGCUGCCCAGCUAGGGAGCAGACGGGAGGGACAGGGACCUGUUCCCACUGUGCCCUUCCAAGCUGCUUCCCUGUCACCCUUGGUCUCAGUGCCAGUUGGAAAAUUGAGGCAGAACUCAAUCAGGCAUUCAACAGUGCCCAGUAAAGGUUAGUGGUGAUUCCCGGAGGGAAUGGCGGGGUAUUGUGCUGAGCUGCUGAGAUGGGAAUGUCCUGUGAAAACGUCUGUCUAGAGGUUCAUUUCAUUUGGAGUUGAAGUUUACAUGCAGUGAAGUGCGUAAAAUUAUGUUUUCAUCUACCUUAACCCUGACUCCCAGCAAGAUAGAGAGCUGCCCUCACCCCAAAAAGUUCCUCAUGCCCCGUCCUGGACGGUCCUCAACCUGUCUCUCACAGCCUGUUCUGAUUUGGUUUUUAUCCUCAGUCCAUUUUGCCUAUCUAGAACUUGAUGUAGUUGGAGUCAUGCAGUCUGUACUCUUCUUGCAAAAGGCUUCUUCCACUUGGUGCCACAACUGUGAGGUUCAUCCAUGUCUCUGCAUCAUUUCUGCCCUUUGUAUUUUUAGGGUUUUAAAAGUAAUAUUUUUUUUAAAAUGUUGAGUAUUACAGAAAUGAAUAUAAUAUACAGAGACUAUGGUUUUUCUUUAAUCCCACUCCCAGAGAUGACGUCAUUCAGCAGUUGGGUAUGUGUGCCCCCAAGGUUUUUCUUGUCACAAAAUGGACUUACUGGGGUGGAUAGGCUCCGACUGGGCCUUCCUUACUGUUCAUUGAGGGUGAACUGAGGGGUGAGGCUGCUGUGGCUGCCUCUGCAGGGCUCAGGCAUGUGCCACCAGUAGCCUGAGAAGCUGGAGCUUCUCUGCCGUUACAGCCCCUAGCACCUGCCUGGGCCCUGGGCCUACCUCUGUGUUGGGGACAUGACUUUCUGGCUUUUUUGUGGCAGGGACUGGGAGGGAAGGAAAGCAGAGCAGGUGGGUGUUGAUUUCCAUAAGCAGGGCCGUGUGUCUACUCUAAUAGAGGGCCUGGGAAGGUAACCCUGAGGCUUUGUGUUCCUUCCUGCAGACCUUCUGGGUUCCCCAGAGAGCUGGCCCUCCCUCCAGCUGCUGGGGUUCCUGCCCUUCCCAGCUGGGGCCAGUCUACCUACUGGGAGAAUUCCAGAGCUGAGGGAUCCUCACUGGAGAGAUUUCUGUGCUCCCUUUCCUGCCCCUCCCUGCAGACCCCUGAAAGCUCUGUCCCAGGGAGGAGCCGGGUCAGAGCCUUAAGUGAAUGCCAAGCUGGCCCUGGUAGCCCAGGCCUGCUGCCCCAUUGCCCCAGAUCCUGGGUGUCCUAGGAGCCAGCGUUCUGGGUGGGCAGUAGGCCAGGGCUGGGCGUGCUAGCCUUGGGGCUGAUAGGCAUGCUGCCUGGGCCUGCUGCCAGGGUCUGCUGGGUGCCAGGCAGCAUCCUCAUCGCAGCCUGCAGUCAGCCGCUGCCAGGGCUGGGCACGAACACUCGGGCCAAUGCCCAGAGCCAUGUUUCUAAUUACCUGGCACUCCCCAGGUGGGGCCCUCCAGGGUAGGCACUUGCUGUUUCAUGCCCAGUGGUAAGCUGGUAGGGCAGAGGUUUGUGGCUAAGAAGGAAAGAGCAGUGCUUAGUAGGAGUGGUGUGGAUGGCAGGCUUGUGGCAUUGUGCUUGCUGUGAACUUUCUGCAGGUGGCUCUGACACACACUACCUCAAAUGGAGGGUGCAGGGAGGAGCCCUGCCCUGUCCUGUGUCAUGGCUGACCCAGCCUGGGGCCAUCCUUCCUUGGUGGGGAGACCUGGUCCUAGCCUGUGCUGAAGUGCCUGUCAGGGCCAGGCAGUGGGCACUGACGAGGGUGUUCCCACCCUUACUCAGGUGCCUCCCAGUCCUAUUCUCCACCCAUUCUCUGCGUGGCAUCCAGUAGCUGGCCUGACCUCUGGCAAGGUCAGGUGACCCCUUGUUGCAAAGUUUGGCAGGUGCCCUGCCCAGCAGUGCUCUGGUUGACCAAGGUCGUGAGGGACAGUGGUUGGGGAGCAGAUGAGGUGGUAUAGGGCUGGAUGGUGGUGUUUGAUUAUCUCCAGUGUGCCACCCAGAGUCUCUAUCCAGUUUUUUGACUGCUCCCACCAGUGUUUCAGUGGCUCCUGCUCCCCUGCCCCCACUGCCCAACACUGGCCUCGGCCCAGUUAGCUCACUGGGCCCAACCCUUGCUAACUGUGGACGCUCUUGGGCUUCCUGCCAACAGAGCUGAUUCUGCUGCCCUCUGGGCCUUUGGUGGGGUCCUGGACCAGCCAUUCACCCCUCCCCUCACACCCCACACCCAGAGGGGAGCUGCCUAGGGGCUGGAGAGACAGCUGGUCUGCGGCAGCCUAGGCCUCCCAGCUCUGUGCCGGCACCCCGGGUCUGGUCACAUUCCUGAGGGACCUGCUGAGCCUCCCUGGCCCUGGGGGUGGAGUGGGGGAAGGGCAGGCAGGGAUGGGCUGCUGCAUGCCCCCUCCACGACCCUGGCUCCAUUCCGUGGGGGCCCAGGCUGGCAGGUGUGGGGUGCAAGGACCCACCACCUCAGGAUCCCCCCUCCCGCAGGACCUAGAGCCCUGGGGUUGGGAGGGAGCCUGCCCGCCCUCUCCUGGCAGCAGCUGCCCAAGGCUUUGGCGGGCCAUUAUUGAAAGUCCAGGCCUGCAGCUUGGGCGAGCCCUUAGGCAGCGAAACCUCCAGAGAGGGAAGGCCAUGUGGUCUGCUGGGGGGGCUGGGCCCUCUGGGCAGGGAGGAGUUGAGAGCAGAUCGGGAAGGGAAGGAGCAGGGGAGCCAGAAGCGGUUGAGACUGGUUCUUAUAAAUAGCCCUUGCACAAGUGGCUCCAAUUUUGACCUUUUGUUAUGUAAAUGUGGCCAGGCUGGGAAGGGCCUUGCCCAGGCCUCCUGCCACCACACCCGCAGGCCAGGAAUUGUGUCUGCCACCAGGGCCCCCUGGCCUAGGUGGCCCCUGCGGUGUGUCCUUAAUCUGUGUGUGUUAGUGGGGGGAGGUAUCACACCCUCUGAACUCCCUAGACCUGUUCCCUCGUACUUACUCUUCCUGGCCAUCAGAUCCAACUGCCAGGCUCUCCUGCCACUGUCUCCUGCUGGGCUGCCCCUGGUGCCCCAGCCAGAGGCCUCCGGGUGUUUCCCUUCAUUGCCCUUCCCUCCCUUCCUUGCUGAUGGCUGUCCAGGUGACCGUGUCCGUCUUCUCUUCCCCAGGUGACCAGGCAUUGAUGCACCCCCAGGAAGGCUACGCGCUCAGGAGGCCCCUCCCCGCUGGCUGCUGCUCACAUGGUGUCUGGGCCCCAGGCACUCCGGUGGUACGCGUGGGCGGGGCGAGGGGACAUGGGGCCCGACAUGGAGCUGCCCAGCCACUCGAAGCAGCUCCUGCUGCAGCUGAAUCAGCAGAGGACCAAGGGCUUCCUGUGUGAUGUCAUCAUCAUGGUGGAGAACUCCAUCUUCCGGGCUCACAAGAAUGUCCUGGCCGCCAGCAGCAUCUACUUCAAGUCCCUGGUCCUGCACGACAACCUCAUCAACCUGGACACAGACAUGGUCAGCUCCACGGUGUUCCAGCAGAUCCUGGACUUCAUCUACACAGGCAAGCUGCUGCCCAGUGACCAGCCAGCUGAGCCCAAUUUCAGCACCCUUCUCACUGCCGCCAGCUACCUCCAGCUGCCCGAGUUGGCAGCCCUCUGCCGUCGCAAACUCAAGAGAGCCGGCAAGCCCUUUGGCUCUGGGAGGGCAGGGGCCACCGGCAUGGGGCGGCCCCCCCGCAGCCAGCGGCUGUCCACGGCCUCUGUCAUCCAGGCUCGUUAUCAGGGGCUUGUGGAUGGGCGUAAGGGGGCCCACGCCCCCCAGGAGCUCCCCCAAGCCAAAGGCUCAGACGAUGAGCUCUUUCUUGGUGGUUCUAACCAGGAAGGUGUGCAAGGUUUGGGCCGGGCCAUCUGCCCAGCUGGUGGGGAGACAGGCCUCGGGGGCUGCAGCAGCAGCACCAAUGGGAGCAGUGGGGGCUGUGAGCAGGAGCUGGGCUUGGACUUGUCCAAGAAAAGCCCACCCCUGCCCCCUGCCACCCCCGGUCCCCACCUCACUCCCGAUGACCCAGCCCAGCUGAGCGACAGCCAACACGGCUCGCCCCCUUCGGCCUCUGCCCCUCCUGUUGCCAACAGUGCCUCUUACUCUGAGCUGGGGGGCACCCCCGAUGAGCCCAUGGAUCUGGAGGGAGCUGAGGACAACCACCUGAGCCUGCUGGAGGUGCCUGGCGGGCAGCCUCGGAAGAGCCUCCGACACUCCACUCGGAAGAAGGAGUGGGGCAAGAAGGAACCUGUGGCUGGCUCCCCUUUUGAGCGGAGAGAAGUGGGACCCAAGGGUCCCUGCCCGGGAGAGGAGGGCGAGGGGGUUGGGGACAGGGUUCCCAAUGGCAUCCUGGCUGGUGGGGCUGGCCCUAGCGGGCCCUAUGGAGAGCCCCCCUACUCCUGCAAGGAGGAGGAGGAGAAUGGCAAGGACGCAAGUGAAGAUAGCGCGCAGAGUGGGAGUGAGGGGGGCAGCGGCCACGCCAGCGCCCACUACGUGUACCGGCAGGAAGGCUACGAGACGGUGUCCUAUGGGGACAACCUGUAUGUGUGCAUCCCCUGCGCCAAGGGCUUCCCCAGCUCCGAGCAGCUCAACGCGCACGUGGAGACGCACACAGAGGAAGAGCUGUUCAUCAAGGAAGAGGGGGCCUAUGAGACAGGCAGUGGGGGCGCCGAGGAGGAGGCUGAGGACCUGUCGGCGCCCAGCGCGGCUUAUGCAGCUGAGCCCCGGCCCUUCAAGUGUUCGGUCUGCGAGAAGACCUACAAGGACCCGGCCACUCUGCGGCAGCACGAGAAGACGCACUGGCUGACGCGGCCCUUCCCCUGCAACAUCUGCGGCAAGAUGUUCACGCAGCGUGGCACCAUGACGCGUCACAUGCGGAGCCACCUGGGCCUGAAGCCCUUUGCCUGCGAUGAGUGUGGCAUGCGCUUCACCCGCCAGUACCGCCUCACUGAGCACAUGCGUGUGCACUCAGGUGAGAAGCCCUAUGAGUGCCAGCUGUGCGGGGGCAAGUUCACCCAGCAGCGCAACCUCAUCAGCCACCUGCGAAUGCACACUUCCCCCUCCUAGAAGCCAAAGACCCGAGGGCGCCCUCUGCCACCUUGCUCCCCGGGAACCCAUGGAAGGAGAAGCGUGGUGAUGCAGCGGCAGGGGCAAGACCCUGGGUCCAGUGGAGGCUCCGGGUGGCCCCUCUGGCCCCCACUUGCCCACACCCAGAGCUUUAAUCGACAGUCUGUACCAAGCAGAGCCGACAGGAGGGAAGCUAGGGGUCCCAGCCCGUCUACCUCCCCAUCUCACCCAGGUCCCCAGCUCCCCGCGGGGACCACCGCAGGGCCUGUGGGCUGGGUCACGUGGGUCUCGCUGGGACCUGGUCCCUUUGCUGCAGGCGACUUGGAGAAAGGGGGCAGUGGGGGCCUCCAUGCUGGUGAUGGCCAAGGUGUUGUUGGGAGCAGGCCCCACCCCGUUAGCCGCGUCUGUGUGUGUGCACGUGUGCUUGUGUCUGUGUGGGCAUGUACGGCCCUGGUUCUGCAGGGAACAGGUGCUGGGGGUGCAGAUCCCUCCCUCCUUGAGCCAGGGUGGCACUGCUCACUGGCGCUGGGACAGUCAGGGUGACCCCACCGCCUACCUCUCUACAACUAAAGAGCCCUCUGGGCCUGUGUUGCUGUUAUUCCUACUGAUCUGUUCCUCUAUUUUUCUUUUUUCUUUUUGUUUUUUAAACCAAAACAAACAAUAGCUUAUUUUCUUCCCAGCCCCUCUGGGGCUGAGCCUGGGUCUGAAGACUGAAUGUAACAGGGGCCGCUGGCCCUCCUGUGCGUCCCUGGCUCUGACGCUGCAGGGGUGUCAGCGUGCCACCGCUCCAGGCCUCAGAAGCCCUUCUUGCCCAAAGGCUUCCCUGGUCCCUGAGCCCUGCCUCGGCUGCCUCAGGAGAGUGCUUUUCCUGUAGUUUCCAAGGAUUAUUCUUUAUUUAGAGGUACUUGUUUUUUAUUAAGAGAAAAACCAGUGUAACGUUUAUGUGACUGAACUGGAAGGUCUGGGGUUCCGGGGGGUGGGGGGAGGCUGGACUCGAUGCCGGGGCCAUUGGUACUCUCGUUUUCAUUUGUGUGUGCGCGUGUGUGUCUGUGUGUGGUGUGUGCCGUACGCGUGGGCAGACGUUUCGCUUUCCCUCCUUCCUCACUGAACAAGGUGGAGACUUGUGACUUGUUGCUACCUCUUGAAUUCAUGACAACAAUAUGUUGGUGACUGGCAUGGAAGCCCUCGGCAUCCCUGCUUUCUCCUCCUAACAACCAGGAAGUCGGUGCAGGAGUCACAGGGCUCCGAGUGGCCCAGUGACUGGGCCCUGCAUCUCACCUGUGUUUUCCCUUUGGGCCUUGGGCCACAUCCACCCCCAGGGGACCCUGGCACCCUGGGCACAUGAACCUGUUUCUGGUGUGGGUGAGGUGUGGGGCCCCAACGUGGAGCCAGGCACUGGGUGCUGACAGGGGAGCCAUGAGGAGGGUGGCAGGUCUUUGCAGCUCCCGGCCAGGCUGAGGCGGAGGUGAGCCCUCUUCGUCCUGCCACCUCCACCCUCCAUUCCUGCAAGAGUUGAGCUUGUAAGAGCUGACCUUAGGACCCCCCCAGAGAACAGGGAUUGUACUUCUCUGAGCAGACACUGUCUAGGGCUCCUCAACCAGCCUCAGACACUUCCAUGAGCCCCAUAGUGGGCUCUCAAGGCCACAGCACAGUCCCACUGUCUUCGGCCAACUGGAGCAGUGGGGCUGGGCCUGCAGGCUUCAUCUCGCUUCACGACUUCCCCUUUUUUUUCUCUCUCUCUCCUCUAUUUUAAGUUUAGACCAAAAAAAUUCCAGAGUCAUCCCCUACCCCCCACCCCUCCAGAGACCCUCCAACUGAAAACAGAGCCUGAGUUCAGGGACCCGAGUGGUGAGCAGUGUGUUUUGGGGGUGAGGGAGCUUGGGCGGAUGAGGCUUCUGGCUGAGCCCUCCCUGUGGCGAUCCCAGCCUGAGAAGGGCCCUCUUCCCUCCUGGUGGGAAGCAGAGAAGUGGACCCAGGGUCUUAGAUUCCAGCAAGUCAGGCUGGGGACCUUGAGGGGAGGAGACUCCUGGACUCCACCCCUCCUCAGUGAGGGGGCUCCCCUUGUCCUGACCCCACCCCACCCUGUCAGCACUUAAGCCACACGACACAAAGUCUGUACUGCACGGGAACUGCACGCGCCCGGGGCCAUGUGCGUGGCCUCGGGCUGUGGGCAGCCGCAUCUGUGACGUGACUCAUGAAAGUAGGUGAUUCCUUUGCAGAACUUCAGGGACUGGGAGCAGAGGCCCCUCACUCAACUACGUUUGUGCGACAUAGUAUUGUACCCACCUUAGUAUUGUAUGGAGCCUUUUCUGUAUUUUAAUGAGAAAGCAGAACACUAGUUUCCUAUUUAAGACUUUAAGGGUUUGUGGGGCGGGGCGGGAUUAACACAACAUUUGGCUUUGUUUUCUUUUUCCUUUGAUUUCCACGUUGGGUGUGUGCGAGUGUGUGUGUGUGUGAUGUUAAGAGCCUCACAAAGAAACUGGGUUAUUGGAGGCCAAGGUGGCUUACAGCUCUCUGCGCUUGUCACUUAAUUCCUAAAUGUUUCGGAGAAACAGGAAACAGAAAACAGCAGAUACCAUGUAGGAAAGAGGGCAAACAAAGAAAAAAAGAUAAGCUCAUACCCAAAUUCACAAAGCCUGUUUUUAAACCAAAGCACAUUUUGAAUGAGUAUGGAACCUCCAUGGGCUCAGACAAAAGUUACUAAUAUAUUUAUCUCAUUGUUUACAUAAGCUCUUACAGUUUCAGACCUCAGCAGCUGUAAGGCCAGUCCAGGGAACCCUCGCCUGCUGCUGGAAGCCCUUCUGAGUUGGCCCUGGAGUGGUUCACGGGCAGAGCGGGGCAGCCCUGGGGCUGGGGAAGGGACUGGAAACCUCCCUGGAUUCACCUGAGCCCUCCUCCCCAUUCUCAGGGCCCCUCCAAGCCCAGCUGGCACCAAAGAGCUUGGGCCAGUGCUGACCAGCCCCCAAGGUCCUCUGACCUGGACCAUGCUGGUCCUGACCAGCUGGCCUAUGUGGGGGUGGCUGUCAGCUCUGGCCACAGGACCCGAGACUGGGCUUGAGUCCCCCUGCUACUCUGCCCGUGACCCUCGGGGAUGGGUUGAUGUGAGGGUCCCACUCAAGCCAAAAAGCCGGGACCUUUGCACAGCCCAGCCAACUCUGGUGGGUCCCCAUUCGUGGUGACCCCCUAACCCCACCCGAAGCAGCAGAAAGGGCUGACUGGGCCUGGUCCUUACCAACAUAGACGGUGCAAACACUCUUAACAGUGUUGUUUUUGUAUCAAUAUGUUCGUGCAGUGAUGAAUGUAUUUAUUUCUCAGACUUGGGGCGAGUGAGCAGGUGGCAGGUCAGGCUCCGCCACUGCACACUCCCGCCGGACUGAGCCCCAGCAAGGGCUCCUCCAGGAUUGCAAAAAAAAAAAAAAAAAAAAAAAAAAAAAAAAAAAGAGAAAAGAUGAACCUUUAAGCAAAUAAUCUCAGAGACUCGCAGCAUAGCCAUACACCUCAGCCUGUGAAAUGAACAAUCCGGACCCUCCCCGACCUUCCCCACCUCACGCAGCUGCGUGUGUUUCCCGUUCGUCACCACUCGGGGGCGCCGGGCCGCCCACCCACUCCCCCAACCUGUCAGUAUUCACUGGACCUCGGGCGCCAUGCAGGAGUGCGAUCUGGGCUGGGCCACUGGGCAGGCCAAUCCCCUGCCCUCCCUCCCGGCCAUCCUGAGUUGGGGUGAGGCCUGGGCAGCCGGAGGGCAGGGCUCAGGGAGCAGGAGGCUGCAUCCGUCCACCCCCAGGUGUGGGGGACAAAAGCCAAAGGCGAGGCCUUAGAGCAGACAAGGGCUCUCAGCCCUGCCAUGCCCCCUGAAGGGACCAAGGUCCUCCUGUUCCCAGAACCCCAUUGGGGCAGAUGUUACUGAACCUGUGAAUCAGAUGCCAGGGGUGAGGGGCUGGGGAGGGACCUAACCUGACCCUGUCUGACAUUCCACGCUGGGGUGGGCAUGAGCUGUGGGAACUGAGGCUGCCCAGGACCCCCUUCCUAGGAUGCCCCAGCUUCAGUCACCCCACUUUAACUUUCUACAAGGACCCCCUCCCCUUACCUCACCUUGCUAUUUAUUGCUGUAAUUUAUUGACCUCAAAAAUGCUGCAUAACAGACCUCACUGGGGCAGGGAGGAUCCCCAGGGCUCCCCCCCUCCACUUGGCGGGCCCUGUGGGGCCAGGUGCUGAGGGGAGCCUCUCUACCCCACCCAUCACUAGUUUCCCUCCGCCCCCACCCUGGGGGCCCCAGGUUGGGCACUGGCUCAUUACUUACAAAUACCUCGAAUGGGGAGGGGGGAGGGAUGGGGUUAUAAGUGUUUUGUUUAAUUGGAACUGGAAGAGGGAUCAUGUUCUAUUUUAUGCCCUUCCCAGAAAGGGGGAGGGACACCAGGAUCGCACUCCUGUACUGGCCACCGCCGCUGUCACUCGUCACAUUGAGUUCACAUCCCUUGAGAGUUUGUAUAAAUUCAGGUCAGCGCUGCAGCUAUGCAGCCGCCCAGUGUCAUAGAAAAGCAAUUCACCAACGACUGAUCUCUCCAUUCAGAAGUGUGCAGUCUUAAUGUACAGCGAUGAGAAACUGUUAUUUUAUGAUCUUUUCAUUAAAAGCUUGAUUGAAAACUA